GAUUUGACUUGAUUGCACGCGACUAUAGGCUGCCAGGUGCCCCCACAAAACCCUUUGCCUUUCACCUGUGUCAUUAUCUAGAGUCCAUUGUUACAACCACAUCCUCAUACUGCAAAGACGACAUCGCGUUUUACAAGUUGACAUUAGACGCCAGCGUGGCGAAACUGAUGGUAUGCGCGCUGGUGCCAGGACUCGCUCCCUGAACAAUCGCUCGUCGCUAGCCCACGCGAUGAUGGGUCCAUCAGCAAACCUCUAUCAUCCACGCGCGCCACCAGCGUGCACCAGCGGGCGUGUCGCGAACCCAGCGCUGCCACGGUACAGCCGCGCAGUGCACCCACGCCAACGCCCUUUGUGCCGCGCCGCGCCCGGAGAGCAAUCGCCCUGGGGCGCCGCACCCGCAGUCAGUGUUAUCACAACAACCUCACUAGCGGCAGGGGAUGGGGAGCCAGCGGUGCCCCCCGCGAGUGCCACCACAGCUACAACUCCCGCAGCUACUGCCGCCACUAAUGCUUCCGCGCCUGAGCCAUCAGGUGCGGCGGCUGGGCCGGCGGCUGUAGCAGGCGGCGGCGGGGCCGUGCCGUGGCUAGCGCUGCAGCCGCCGUUCACAUACAUGGCCGGUGCGGACGCGGCCCUCAGUGACGCCGAACCCAGCGGCCUAUCGCCCAUGUGGAAGCUGCUGCUGCUGAGUGACGGCUCCGUGACGCGGCACCUGCAGCUGCUCAGCGGGGCGCCGGUCACCGUGGAGUGUCUGUCCAUGGCCGCCGUGGGUGAGGGGCUGGCGGGCUGUCCGCCCGGCACACACCUCAUACCCGGGCCGAGGGUGCAGCGCCAGGUGGUGCUCCGCUGUAAACCCACAACCGCCACCGCCACAUCCGCCACCGCCACCCCAUCACCACCGCCGCCGCCCGAUGCCGACGCCAGGACCGGCGCCCGCCCUCCGGGCCCUGGCGGCGACCCCGCUGCGGGCGACCCCGCUGCGGGCGCUGCUGCUGCUGCUGCUGCUGCUGCUGACGCGGAUGGCGCGGGUGUGCCGCUGGUGUAUGCGUGCAGCUGGUGGGCGGCAGACACGGUGGAUGCCUACCUCACAGACCGCAGCAAGCCCAUCUGGAUCAGCCUCAGCCAGGGGCACGUGGAGCUGUACCGGGAGGUGCAUGCGCUGUUCCGGGGCCAGGCGCCGCCCGAGCUGGAGGACAUACUGGGGUGCAAGGGGCCGUUCUGGGGCCGGCACUACGUGUUCUGGUCCGCAGGCAAGCCGCUCACGCUCAUCUACGAGGUCUUCUCCCCGCGACUGGGCGCCUGGCUGGGGCCGCAAGAGCCGGCGGCAGCUGCGGCAGCGGCGGGCAGCAGCAGCGGCGGCGGCUGGGCGGCCGGGGCGCUGGAGGAGGGAGCAGGGCGCUAACAGCAGCGGGUGGCAGGACCCGCCACCCCAGCUCGUUCUGCAGCCCGCGGCGGCACCUGCAUAGGCACCGGUUGUAGCGGCAGUGCUGCUGGUGCUGGCGGCGGCUGCGGCGGCGGAGGAGGAGGAGAGGAGGGGAGGCGGAGAAUACGGAUCAGGCGGUGCCUCAGGGCUGAGGGGGGCGUGACGGAGGCGCGGCGGGGAGUUAGCAGGAGCGGCGGCGUGGCGGAGGGUUGGAGCGGCGGCAGCAGGAGCGCCGAAGCGGCUGGGAGCAGGAGAGGCCGGGAGUCGGAGCGGCCAGAGCAGGAGCGUACUGAAGCAGCAGGUGUGCGUGCGUGUGUGCGUGCGUGAGGGCGUGCAUGUGUGUGUACACUUGUGCUUCCGACUUAGCUGUAUGAUCUAUUCGGGUGGUGGCACUUACGUACCGUAUCAGUGUGCGCCACGGCCGAAGGCCCACUCUGCCACGCCUCAAACGCUACAAACGCCACGCGCGGGGCAGGCUGCAGAUGUGAUGCGGGUGGACACUCGAACUGGGUAUGUAUGGAAGGCAAGCCGCCCUGGUGCGUGUGGGAUGCGGAUUUCCGUGUAUGCCGCUGCAACUGCGUAGCCUGCCCCCACACACUCGACCCUGGCGACCCCCGCCGCAGCAUGCGCCCAACCCACACCUAACCGGCGUCACCGGGUGUGGUCGACGUGGAUUUCUUACGUACGCGUAACGGAAUUCGCAGUUAUUCGGGGUGAGUAGAGGCAUAAAGCGGUGGCGACGCUUGUGUGACGUGCUCCUUUCGUCGAUCGAUAAUGUGCCGCUCAAAGCACAAACAACUAAUUCUGGCAGUCGCAUGGCCAUGAGAUUUUGUCGCCAGGUGCGUCGUCGGUUUGGCAAAGCCGCAACAUUUAGACGCGCCCGCACUAGGACGCUGCAUUAUGCUCAUCAUAGUAUCAAAAACGCAUGUCGCACCGCGCGUCUUCUGCUCUGCCAGACCGGUCAGCCGGUCUGCAAUUCGGCAUCAUGCGCGGGAAGGUGCGAGUCGGAUCCAAUGGAUGCCCAACCGCCACAACCGCCGCCCACACCGGCUCCCGCAUAAAUU